CGUGUGCUCGUCUCGUGCGCUCGUUCAAGUUACCGGCGUUUUCUGGCGCGUUCGUCGCAAGCUCGGGUUUUUUUUCCCCAACGCACCAUGUCUUCGUAUUUCGCCUCCACAAUGUCUUUCCUAUUGGAUAUGGCCAUUCAGUACUGCGUCUUCCUGCCGCUAGACUUAUGGACCAAGCACGCGAUCAGAACUCACGGGUCCCUGGCCGAACGGCUGCACAUCUGGCGCUCGGAGGCGCAGAUCAUGGCGGUCCUGUCGUUGCUGCUGGGGCUGUGGUGGAUGCGUGUGCCGUGGCUCCUGUUGGUUCUGGCGGCCUGCGCUUACUCUUCGGGUCGUGGUUGGAGCCCGAGCCUUGCCUUGGAGGCGGCCGCUUCCAGAGUGUUCGCCCUCUGGUUCCAGUGCAUGGAGUGCAUCGGAGUGGCCGUCGACGGAGGCCUGCGCAAAGUGCUCCCCCAGCAGUGGAAAAUGGAGCAGGCGGCCACAGUGGUGCUGACGACGACGCGUCGAGUUGCGAUCACAAGUCUGCUGCUGACCGUCGGGUUCCUGCAGCGCCUGUGGCGCGCCCUGGUCCACUGGCGGCGUGAGCUCUGGGAGGCCUACCUCCACCACUCGGACACCAUCAGCGUGCCGGCCGAGGCGAGGGGUUCGCCCCCGCGGAUCGCCCGGAGGGCGACCUUUUCCGGUGUGGUGGACCGCGUGGAGGUCACCGACCGCACUCCGCCGGAGCGGUGACAGCUGGUGGCGUUGCCUCUCGCGGCCCGCUCGGCCGUUUCGAGAGCGACUGCGCUCCGAGUGAUGUAGAAAAAAAGAGAACUAACUGCCUUGACAAACGGCAGUGGUCUUUCUGCCGUGAUGGUAAAUGACCUUUAUGGUGCGCUCCGAGUCUCGCUAACGCAGGUGUUGCGCCGUGCCAUUGGGUCUUCCGAUCGAAGUGGACUUGAGGUUGCAGAUUGGUUGUGACGCGUAGCAGCAGAUGUCUAGAAAACCUCAUGAUGUAGCAGCAGCAUCUCGUCGCUCGCAUUCAGUUAGAUCCUGUACUCCAUUUUAUGCUUAAGGUCUCUCGCUGCAGAAGCUAUGCAAGAAGGGCAGUCGUCUAGACCUAUCGAUCAAUCCGCACUUUUUGUAGCAGUGCGGUUUAGAAGUGUAAAUCUGGGUCAUAACGCUGUGGCCCCAACACUUUGCCUGGAUAAAUUUUUGUUUUGAUUGGCAAUUGUAUGAAAGCAAACCCCCACGGAAACACUUCUGCGGUGUCUCUCAAACAUCACGAUAGAGAGUUGUGAGAUUGUAGUGCGUCGCACUACAAAGUUAGCGCAGGUGAUGGGUAUUUCAUAAGUAGGCCUUGCUGUCAUUCCCCAUCCUUAGGCAGUCCUCAAACGUCGUGAAACUUGCGUCAUCUCAAAGCCGUGUCCUAAACAGACCGGCGUUCUUUGCCACUCCUGGUGCACUAAGGUCUUGUUGCUGCCAGAAGCGGCACGACAUUUCCGGCCCUCGAGCCAAGUGCAUCUGCACUACGACACCUCGUGACUCUCGUUGGUACCUUAAACAUACUGUGUAUACGAAUCUCGUAAAACAGGUUGAGUGGAAUACAAAUGCGGUUUGUACUGUUCCUCUAUGAAGCAAAGUCUAUCACUUGCUGACGCAUCGCUACCAUACCUGGAAGUAGUCUUUCCGACACCAAAAGAAAGCAUCACCAUCAGUAGGUGUGAUUAGUAAUUUGUUACUGCUCAGCACUUUUUAUGCCUCUCAUUAAUGUCGGCUCUAAUACAGUAUUUUAGUACGUGUCCGUGUAAUAUGAAGCACACCGCUUUUGCUUGCAAAUGUGAGCAAUAUUGCCGUAUCUUCCGUAACGGUGCACCAUAAGUACGGACACGUAGUACGAGGAAGAUUCUGCAACAGUGUACCGGAAGUAUGAAAAUGGAGUACUAAGUCUGAUGAUCGUGUAAAGCCUGACAGCCUGCACUCGUUCGAAGCACUGUAUGUUAUGAAAAAAAUGGCGGCGUUUCUGUCUAAUUGUAGCUUUCGAUGCCCUGUCGUGCAACAGAGGGCAACAAGAAGCCUUGAUUUGUCUGGUCCUUCAAUUUUAAAGUACAAGAUUGAGCGCAACUGUUUUUAUGUGGCCAAUGGUUGCUUCAGGGGUAUUGGUUGUCAGCAUUGAUUGGGCGAAUGUGAUCUCGGCAGCGCAACCUCGGUACACCGGAAAACGAGUGAUGGAAAGUCUACGUCUUAGUCGCUGUAGUGCUGAAGUUAGUUUUAGAAGUGUACAGAAAGCAAUUUAAAGUUGGGCUUGUGAUAUACAAGGCAGUGCUGUGAGAAACGGACAAGCAGCAUGUGCUUGCAGCCUAGAAUGAUUGGUUUUUGUGAAGCUCUUCUUAGCUGUGACAAUGUCCGGUGCGUUGGUUCAUGGCAGCGAUUAUUUGGCGCUGAUGUUUGCAGUUGUGUAGCAGAUCUGUCGAAAGUGCUCGACUACUGCACGGUACGACGAAGAGCAGUACUUGUUAGAAUCACGCAUGCGCAUAAAUUUUACUGUAUUUUAAUUUUUUGUUCUUGCACACGGAAUCUGGUCAUCGUAGGAAUGGUGCUGUAAUUUGGCCUAUAAUCAUUGAUAUGUCGAGUUACCUACCUCUCAUCUUCAUUCACACCUCGUAGCACUGUCUUCCUUUUCAACAUGGUAUAAUGCCGCAAGUUGUGAAUUGUGGAACAGUGUCCUGAACAAUGUGUGCUUCUGUGUGAUUGUUGAGUUUGUGUGUCUAUUGUAGUGUUUGCAUCGUGCUGGAUGGCGUGGAUUAGGAUGGAGACAAACAUGAUGAGGCGUGUUUACUUAAACGCCAUUACAGUGUUCUAGAAGUUUAUAGUGCGCUCACUGAGCGGCGGAGCGUGACGCACUUCAUGUCGCCGCCGACAGGCGGCGCGGGUCACAGCGUCACCUGAAACUUUCAGCGGGUUGCAGGGCGCGGAUAGCGCGCGUUGUUGUUUUGCGCGCAAGAAAAGUCAAUCAUACGGUGCGCAACUCACGGAAGUUCUUUUGAUGCAAGUUUUCUGUGUGUUGUGGAAUGAGUUACUGUCGUUGUGACUGGUUUACGGAGGGCGAGCGAUGUUUUAAGCGGCUAUUGCAUAAAUGAAUGCUCCUCUACGCAGCCGCUGCAAUAACAGGGUGUGUAGUUGGGGGCGUUCGUUUUUUUUUGCUUUUUUUUUUGUCCUGCUGAUCGAUACGAUUUUCAAUGCACUUUCGCCACUGUACCUAUCAUAGCGACUUCACUCCCGCCUUUCGAGCCCCACUAUGCCGAAUAUAAACAACGCCUCAUUUUUUAAAUUUUUUCGCGUAUAUAUGAUCUAGCUGGUCUUUGUAACCAACCCACUUAAUGUUCUUUUUUUUUCUCGAAUCAAUAAUGGGCGGAAUCGCUCGGCUUCGUAAUAAAUGUAUCCGCACCGUACGCUUAAAAAAAAAUUAUUUACAGACGUAGAUCGUACAAUUAAUGCUACCAAAACUGCAGUUGGACUCGUAUACCCAAUAAAAAAAUAUUUAUACAUAGUUAAUAUGAGUACAUAACAAGUAACAUGUAUAACGUGCGUACACAUUUUUAUUGCACCUUGGAAUUGCACCAGCGCGGAUAAAACAGGACACGAAGAAACACUCGACAGUGUCACGCACUGACAUACUGAUUUUAUGUACACAAAACCAUGCCUAUGUAUGCGCAAAUGUUUGCCAUAUAUGAAUUAUCAAUGCCGAAAAUGUCACUCAUGGUCGAGCAAUAAACAGAUGCAACAAACGUGUAUGAACAUCUGCUAGUCGACUACGAAAAUGAAAAAUAAAGGACAGCAAGAAACGCCGGCGAUGUUUGCAGUCGACAGCCGACGUACCAGGAACUGGGGCAUCCCAAAGAGAGCCCAAUCCCUGUGGACCUC